AUGGGACCUGAGAGUAUCAUUAUGGCGUAUUUGCAUGACACUUUUUCCUCUCUUCCUAUGUCUUCCGAGAACCUGGACUCAAUUAUACUUGCUAUAGGUCGACGCGCUACACAUAUGAUCAGCAACAACAUUGAAGGAAGUCAGAUACUGCAAAUGGAUGUGGUAGUUCGCAUUGCCAUUGGCCUUAGUGAUAUUGAUCACCAGAGCGUGUCUAUAUCAACCCUUGUGAAUUCCUUGGAAAAAGUCACAAUCAAUCAAGAUGGUUCUUCUAAUUUGGAUGAUACAUGUUCUAUUUGUUUGGAGGGGUUGGGUGAUGGAUCAAACUCAAAGCUUGUUCGCACCAAAUGCUCGCAUGUUUUCCACGAAGAUUGUAUUACCGAAUGGUUUCAGUAUUGUAACGCUCGUCAAUCCUAUUCUUGUCCUUUGUGUCGUUGUCAAGUUACAUAUGUUGAUUGA